GCACUGGAGCGGAAGCACCAAAACAAACCUGCUUCGCCAGUAGGAAGUAACUACAGUAGAGCUUCGUGUUCAAAACACUGUCAACGGAUCAACAACAAAAACAAACAGCGCGAUCUGCUGAGCCUUGUCGUCGUAUUUUGGAGUCAGGGCUGUGGGACAACCCCCGGCCCUGACCCACAAGGCCGCAGGUUAAGAGAUCCAUUCCUGCCAUCGGGGGUCUAGGAUCAAAACCUGACAGGAGGCCCACCAUCGAUGUGCUCCUAUUUGACCUCCAGAUCAAAACUGAAGGUGUGAGAGAGUGAGGAGAGGUGAGAUGGAGUCAGAGGAGACAGAAGGACGCACUUUAGUGCAGGUGAUCAGUGAGAAGUACAGCCCAGAAAACUUCCCAUACUGCCGUGGGCCAGGAUUUGGAGUGGUGAUCCGGUCGAGUCCCCAGGGUUCACCUGUCAAAGAUCGUCUGAAUCUGCCCAGCAUCCUGGUUCUGGAUAGUUGUGGAAUCACAGAGGCUGGAGAUGAAGAGGAGGUGGCCACUUUCUGUGCUCACGUGGUUGAGUUAGACCUCUCUCACAACCAGUUAAAAGAUUGGGGAGAGAUAAGUAAGAUCCUGUCUAACAUCCCUAACCUAGACUUUCUCAAUCUGAGUAUGAAUCCACUGAGAGGGUUGAGCCUCGAGCCUGGAGCUGCUGAAGCGUUCUCAGGCCUCCGUCGCCUUGUGCUCAAUAACACGCAUGUCACCUGGGACGUGGUGCACACACUCACAAGAGAGAUCCUAGAGCUGGAGCAAUUGUUUUUGUGUCUAAACGAGUAUGAGAGCGUGAGUGUAUCAUCUAUACCGUGCCCGUCCCUGCGCCUGCUGCAUAUCACAGAUAACCACCUGCAGGACUGGGCGGAGGUUCGUAAGUUGGGCCUUAUAUAUCCAGGCCUGGUGUCUCUUAUUCUGGCAAACAACUCCAUCUCAUCUAUCCACGAGCCCGAGGACUCUCUACAGAGACUCUUCCCCAACUUGCGCAGCAUCAACCUACACAACUCAGGUCUAUGCUGUUGGGAGGACAUUGAGAAAUUGAAUUUCUUCCCAAACCUCCAAGAGGUUAGAUUGAUGGGUAUUCCUUUACUGCAGCCCUACACUGAUCAGGAGAGACGUUAUCUUAUGGUAGCACAGUUGCCUCGUGUGACUGUAUUGAACGGCAGUGUUGUCACUGAUGGAGAAAGAGAAGAUGCAGAACGCUUUUUCAUCCGCUACCACCUGGACUGCCCCGAGGAUGAGCUACCACAGAGGUACCACACUUUGGUAGCACGCUAUGGCCGCCUAGCCCCACUUGCAGAGGUGGACUUGCGCCCUCUCUGUCAUGUCCAGGUCGAGGUGCGUUUUGAGGACCAGACAGAGCCCCUAGAGCUCAGAUUGGAUCAGACCGUGGCAGACCUAAAGAAGCACUUGAGAGCCGUGGUCCAGCUACCCCCAAAAAAGAUACGUGUGUACUAUAUCGACCGUCAGCUUGGCUACGCACUAGAGCCUCAGGAAAUGAAAUAUGGAGCACGAGCACUUCAUUCCUACAGUAUACGAGAUGGAGAUGAAAUCUUGGUGGUGCCCAAGACACAGUGACAGAAAAGAGAAAAACUGAGCACUCUUUGGAAAAAGUAGUUGAUUCCAGAAUUAUUGGAAUACCUUACCUUAACAAUCUUCCAAUGCAGGCAAUGUGAAUGCUGUGAACAGUGCAAAGAUCAGCAUGCUUUAUGUAGAGGACAGAGAAAAACCGCCUGGUUUUCCAGAAUCUUCAGUCCUAUUUAAAAAUGAUCCUUAUUAACAGAUGUUGGAUCAGAAUUUAAAAAAACGCUUUUACCUUUCACUGCUCUGUGGAUGUAUGUAUACAAGAAAAAAAAUGUAAACUUAACCUUUUGUUUCUUGUUGUGUGUUUAUGACACUGAUUCUCAAGAAUUACUGCAUACAUGCCUCUUUUCUAAAGAAUAUUUGACCAAUUGUCAAAGGUGCCAUAUGGAAUAUUUGGCCCCCUAGCAACUAAGGAGUAAAAUUCCAAGUUACUUGUGAAGGAACAUUAUUCUGGUAAUUAUGUGAUAUGGGCUUCGGUUUAGCUCUUCCUCAUGGAUGAAUAUGAUGGUUUAAGGCAUAUCAGUGUAACUAUAGAUAUGGGCAGUCCUUUCGUAAGAGCAAACGUUAUCAGUAAUGUCAAAACUCACCCCCUCCUAAAAGAAAGAAGAAGUUAGAAGACAAAUAUCCAUUAAUAAUGUCUUUGAGCAGGUAAUAGUCUUCCACUGUAGUGGAAAGUGAUUGCUUAUAUGAUCCCUCAUAUGGUUUAAUUUUUGAAUGAUCCAUUGUAUUUAAAAAGUUCCCCAGUAGAUAUGGCUACGAGCUAUCAGAAUCAUACAUGCACUGUAAUAGCCCAAAAAUGUUCAUCACCGAAGAGGAAUUAUAUGAAUGUAGCGAAAAAAUGGCAAAAUGACUUGAGUACAAGAAAAAAAAAAAAUAUGUAGAUGCAGAUUGUAAAUGCUUAGAGACGGGGAGACACACUUUAGGUCUUAUCUCUGCCACUUCUUUGGUGCUUGAAUUACAACAGGGUCACGUGCAACCCUGAAGCUUUCUAAGGUUUAAACACUUUACAUUCAAAAAUGCAGCUCCCCCUAUUAUAGCCACAGACCGACUGCAAUCCCCUAGUCUCCUCUCUCACUAGUGGAAAGAGUCCUUGGAAUAAAGGUGCCAAACUCUCAUUGAUGUUUAAGACAGAUCAUGUGCUGUUGGGUUAUGAACUUGCAAUUGAUUAUUAUCAUACACAUGUUACAGAAAAGGAAAACCAAAGCGGACCAAUAAUAAAGAGAAUUAAGCCAUAUUUUAUUUUUUAUUGAGUAUACAUGCUUUUUGUGGGCUUAUUAUUUUAAAAGAGCAAAUGUGCACACUGAUAAAUUUAAUUUUGACUUUGUCUUUUAUUUGUAACUUUUUUUUUUCUUCUUCUAUUAAAUCUUGACAUAAGUUUAAAGGAGGUUGAAGAUAUUGCUGUUGUCAUUUGUUGAGCAUGAAACAUAAAGGGAAGCCAUACAAUAAUAACCUCAUUGUGCCUACUUUAAAGCUUUCAAAUGACUUGUCAGUGCAUUAGUUAAGUACCUGAUCCCUUAACAAAGAGAAUUGUUUGAUUAACUUAAACCAUGCCCUUUCUUAAUAUCAAACUAAAUGACAACUAUAAUGUGUUGCACAGAUAUGGACAAAUUUUAACAUUUAGACUUGUUUUUUUUAACCACAGUCAGCACAUACCAGUCUAUACAUUUCAGGAAUUGGAUUACAAGGGCUUGUCCUGUUUAUUCCCAUACAAUUUUUCAGCAGAAUGGCUCUAAUGUUGGAGUGACUAAUAUAGUAUAGACUCCCUCUCUAGUUACCAAGCUGUCCCUGAAACCCUAUCCCAGUGAAGGGUGUUAACAGGGAGCUCAGAAACCAUUAGAGGUUCAGAUAAGCUAAAGUUGUUGCAUAUAUAUAUACAUAUAUAUUAGAACUACUGCAUGGAUGUUGUCAGAUAUUUAGACAGUUUUGUUUAACCACAUAUGUUACACUGUUGAUAUGUUAUUGUCUUAUCACAGAGUCCAGUUUCUGUUUGCUGUCUCUGAAUCUGUUAUGCUUAAAAGUCCCAUCACUGUUUCAGUUGUGUCCUAUCACUGGAAAUUGAACUUGACUGUCAUGUUUUUGUCCAAAUCCUUUGAUUAUACCGUAUUGUUGCCACAUUCAUGUACUCACUCCCCAUUCAAUUUUACUUUUCACUGAUAAUUGUAAGUCCCCAUAAUGCUUACUAAUAUCCUACAAUGUUUGCUUUCAUUCUCAUCUGCGAACCAUAGUGUGUUCGCUUCCAGCAUCCCCUUUCUCUCGUUUUUCAGCAGUGCCUGUGUCACUACAAGUUUCUCAUUGCUCAUAUUUUGUUCUUAUUGUGUUCUGCUUGUGGUGAUGACACUUGAUCCUCUCUGUUCUGCUCCCAAAGGACAUCUGGCCUCUAAUGGCAAAAUGUUGUUAACAGAGCAGGUGCUGAUAUAUUUACCUAUUGCUGGGUCUGUAUAAUGGUGUUUCGGAGUGUAAAAAGGGCAAUUGGCUCUUGACAUGGAUACUUAUUCAGUGUUAAUGGUUAUGUGAACACGGAAAUAGAAUAUUUUUGUAAAAGUGUGUGAUUUGUGUGACGAGUAAAGGUAUUUUACCCUUAUGUGAAAUUCUGUUGAAUGCCAUACUGAAAAUUUGUUUAAAAAAAAAAAAAAUAGCAGCCAAAGCUUUGCAUGAAAUUCAUUGAGUCUUGAUGUACCCUGAGUUGCCAAGGUAAUUAAAUUUCUCUUAAUGAC